GUGCAAGAACUUCUUGCACCACCUGCAGGUAGCAUGGGCAGAGCUGGGCCUCAAAGGGUCCCCCAACUUCACCCACCUGAGGACCGCUGUGUCUACACAUGCCAAGAACAACUUGCAUGCCGAGCAGCAGAAGAUGGUGGCCACCUUUAUGUUGCCACAACACGGCCACAGCUGACUGCUUCUACACCCUCAGCCUGAACGUGGCCCAGUCAAAGAGGAUGAGGGGCAUUUCUGCCAGGCCCUCACCCACACCGUGCCAUCACCAGAGUCACCAGAAGCCUCAUCCUCCUCCACCACCAGGAAGAGGUCCCGCAAGCCUGAGUCCUCCACCAGUUCCCCUACCAGGAGUCGAACCUCGGGACUGGAGGAGGAACUCCAGGACAUGGAGGAGAGGGAGUUCAUGCAGAGGCUGCAAAGUACACCAGAGAAGGCCCAACAAGUCUCGUGAACACACCGGUGUGCGUCAACCUAACUUAUGUGGAGGGAAACGUCUUCCAGCACACGGGAAUCACCGGAAAAUAAUUUAGCAAACUGUUUGUUUCGAAUUCUUUGCUUUUGUAUGAGCUGGAUUAUACAUUUACCAAACGUAUUAUGAAUAAAACAUGGAUAUUCCAUCACUAUGGUUUCUUACCGACAUUUCAAGCCAUUUAUGAUGGGUCAGGAUAUUGCCAUCUUUGUGUAACCAAGGCAAAAAAACUUUCCUGAACGACCGUGAGGGAACUUUAUCAGCGAACGUUCCCUCAUCUUUCUGCGAACGUCCACGGAACAUUCCCUGAACUGAAAAUUGUUUGCUAGGUAAUUUGACUUGAACCACUUAAUUUAGAAACUUGACUUGUGCAAUUAAAAACUAAUACAAUUUCUGCAGUACAUUUAACAUUAGCCAUUGUUACAUUAUAGUAGGGUAAUCAAGCACUUGUGCUCUUACUGACUAAAGUAAUGUAAAAGGAUCCUGUUCUCUGUCUCUCCAUUCAACUGGAUCUCUCACUUUUCUCUUACAUUCUCUUGCUAUUCUGCUUUGCUUUUUUGCAGUGGUUUCUAUGGGAGAAAAACAAACAACUUUCAUAUGUACAUUAGCCAUGCCCUACAGAAAUUGGGAUUUUGUGUUGAUACAUUUUGAAACCACUGCACCACUUCAAUAAAUGAUGA